AUGGUAUAUGUUGCAGGAGGCUUAUGCAAUUUGAAGAAUCUUUCAUUAUUGGAUCUGGGCUACAAUGAAUUUGAGGGGCAACUUCCUGCGUGUCUUGGCAAUUUGACGUCUCUACGUGCCCUUUAUCUCUCUCAAAAUCGUUUUGAGGGAACCUUUCCUUCCUCACUCUUUCAUACUUUGAGGUUUCUAACAACAAUUUUUCUUACCGAUGACAAUUUCAGUGGCUCAUUUUCACUCUCGUCGCUUGCCAACCUCAAAAUCCUUACCAUUUCUUGCUCCAACACCAACCUGAGGCUUGAAACAGAGAACCCCCCAUUUAUCCCUUCCUUCCAAUUAAGGUCCUUCACAAUCCGCAACUGCACUCUAAAUGAAGCAAGCAAUAAAACAAUGCCUACCUUUCUUCUUCAUCAAUAUGACUUGGUAGUUCUAGAACUUAGCCACUUGAACAUUUCAGGCACCUUCCCGUCCUGGCUUUUGACAAAUAACACAAAAUUGAAUUAUUUCAGUCUGAGCCAAAACUUGUUCAUUGGUCCCUUUGAACUCAAUUCCACCUCAAAGUUGCUUCAAAUGGAGUCUUUUGAUAUUUGCUCUAACCCCAUUGGAGAUGAAAUACCUUCUCAUAUUGGCUUCAUUUUUCCCAACUUGAUCUCUAUUGACAUGUCCUCAACUUUAUUGCGAGGUUCCUUCCCAGCUUCAAUAGGUGAAAUGAGACAACUGAAUGACCUCGACUUGUCAGAUAAUAAUUUAUCUGUUUACUUGCCCCAAGAAUUCGGUCAAGGUAACAAUGAAUUGAGGUUUUUGAAGUUGACAAACAACCACUUGAGUGGCCCAUGUCUUCCCAUAGGAUCAAAUUUCACAUCUUUGUUGUUUUUGGAUCUCAACAACAAUAACUUCAAAGGAAAGCUUGAAGGUGGGGUCAUGAAUUGUACUAAAUUAAGAAUGCUAGAUAUUGGUGCCAACCAGCUAUCUAGUGAAUUACCUAACUGGAUUGGAAACCUUCAACAUUUGAGUUACCUCAUUUUGUCAAAGAAUUCUUUAACAGGUCAAGUUUCAAGAUUGAAUGGCUCAUUUUUGAGUUUGAGUGUCCUCAUGUUAAAAGGAAAUAAACUUGAAGGCUCUAUUCCUACACGUUUAUGUGAGCUCAAGAAUAUCAGGUUAUUAGAUCUUUCUCAAAAUAAGCUUUCUGGAGGCAUACCAUAUUGCUUGAAUAACAUCACAUUUGGGAAGAUAGAUGCACCAAGGAAAACUGAAAUAGGACAUUUUGUUGUGUCAUGGACUACAAGAAAGUUAUGGAUGGAUCUCUCAAGUAAUGAAUUGACAGAUGAGAUUCCUUUCCAAAUUGGAUACUUAGGCAACAUCCAUGCAUUAAAUUUGUCAAACAAUCAAUUGAAAGGGCCUAUUCCAGAAACAUUUUCCAACCUCAAGCAGAUAGAGAGCCUUGAUCUUUCACACAACAAAUUGAUAGGUCACAUUCCUGAACAACUAAUUCAGUUGUACUCCUUGUGCGUCUUCUCGGUGGCUCAUAACAAUCUAUCUGGAACAACACCUGACAUGAAAAAUCAAUUUGCAACUUUUGAUUCGGCUAGUUAUGAAGGGAAUCCUUUUCUAUGUGGUCCUCCUCUACAGCAAAAUUGCUCAAAAGCAAGGAGAAACAAGCAAUCUCAUCAUUCAGAAGGGGAUGAGUUUCAAGAUGCCUUCUUAUGGAGUUUUGCUGGAGCAUUUGGGUCAGCCAUGGAAGAACGCAGCGUGAAUCCUUUCCUCCGUCGUCAAGCUCGCGCUGUCCAGCUCGCUCGACGUCGUGUUCAGCUUCGUGUGCGCGUCUCUCUCCGUUAUUUCCUUCUCUCAGCCGCCGUCGAACUCGCUGCCACCAGUAAGAAGAUGACGAUGAUGAUGGUUUUGAACGGAGAUGGGAAAGGUGAUGAUGAGGGAUGGAUGAGUCUGCCUCUCCACGCCGUCGAGCUCGUCCAGCCUUCUUCGUGUGUUGCUCUGUUUCGUUUUCUUUCCUCUGCCGCGCCCCGCUCUGUUUCUUUCGGCGUGUUCGUGUGUCUCUCCUUUCGUUCGGCCGCCUGA